AUGCUGGUCUACCUUACCAACUUCUUCAUAGCAUGGCUCGCCUACUUUUGGCAGCCGAAGAAGCAACCCUGCGGUAGUUUAACCCUGCCACAUAUCCCCGGGGUUGACAUCAUAUCCAUGACGCGCCAAGAGGUCCAUAACUACAGCGUAGCAACCUCCCCGCCAUACAAUCUCGCAGACGUACACAAUCUUGACUUCUGCAACGUAUCCGUCACUCUGACUCACCCUGGUGAAGAUGACACCGUCUCCGUCUCCGUCUGGCUCCCCCUAAACAACUGGAACGGCCGUUUCCAGGCUACUGGUGGCGGCGGCCUCGCAGCCGGUAUCAUUGGCUUGGCCCCAGCUCACCCAGUCAGCCAGGGCUACGCAACAGCUGCUACCGAUGGCGGACUAACCUUGAAUGGAACCAGUAAUCCCCAGACGGGGGCCUGGAUUCUGCGCCCCGACGGUUCCAUCAACACUGCUCUGCUACUGAACUUCGCCCAUCGCUCGAUCUAUGACAUGACUAUCAUCGGGAAGACUCUCACCGAGCGUUUUUACGGAUCCCCGCCAAGAUACUCCUACUGGAGCGGCUGCUCUACCGGCGGCAGGCAGGGAUACUUUGCUGCAGCAAAGUAUCCGAAUCUCUUCGAUGGAGUUCUAGCCGGUGCACCGGCCCUCAAUUUCCCACGUUUGAUCGGGUAUAUGUUCUGGCCGCCGGUGCAUAUGUUCCAUUCCGCAGCGCCGCCACAGUGCGUCUUUGACACCUUUUGGAAGGCAAUCAUAGACGAAUGCGAUCCACUUGAUGGAGCCACGGACGGGUUGAUAUCGGAUUACAAUCCACAGAGCUGCCCAUUCAAGCCCGAAACACUUGUUGGGCACACGGUAACCUGUCCGGAGAUGGGCUCAGAUUCCCCAGUGACCAUCACAGCCCAGCACGCCACCCUCGUCAAGCAAAUCCUGCAGGGCCCUGAUCUACAAGAUCACCCCGACCUCUGGACAGGCCUUCCACCGGGCGCCUCAUUCCGCGGAACGGCAAACACUCAAGUAAUCAACGGAUCCAUCGUCAGGCCCGUCCCCUUCUUCCCCAUCAUCGGCUGGAUUAAGAACUUCGUUUAUCGGGACCCGGACUACAACGUAUUCGACAUGACCUUCGACGACUUCAACACCGCCUACCGCCUCACGCUGGACGGUUACAAUGGCAUUCUCGGAUCGGAUGAUCUGAAUCUCUCUGAGUUUCGUCGUGCAGGGGGGAAGCUAUUGACCUGGCACGGGUUGGCGGAUGAGUUAAUUCCAGCGUCAUGGACGAACGCAUUCUGGGAGGGGAUUGAUAAGACGGACGGUGCGGAUGUGGAUGAGUUCUAUCGGGUUUUCCUUGCCCCUGGCCUGGGUCACUGCUCGGCUGGGCAUGGACCGAAACCCGUUGAUCUGUUGGGCGCAUUGGUGCGCUGGGUGGAGGAAGGGAUUGCGCCUGAUAGGUUGAGUGCGGCGGCUGUCAAGGCGGAUGGGAAGGAGGUGACGAGGGAGUUGUGUCGGUAUCCGGCGACGCUGGUGUACGAUGGGCAUGGGGAUGUGAAUGAUGCGGGGAGUUUUUCGUUGGUAUUUGUGGGGGCUUAG